AUCUGCUCGCAUAUGCAGAAGUAUGUCAAGGGCCUCUACACGGCUGUCUUCCUUCUUCAGCUUUGUGGCUGCUGCACAACGCCUUCGAGCUGCAUGCAGCAGCGCAUGCAUCUCCUAAACCCCUCAUUACACUUCUUAAUGGAGUAGCUGCGUGGGGUUUCAUUCCGACAUUGGGUUUGAGUUUUGCGUUGGGUCGCCUCCGCGGCUCUCUGGGGAAAUUCCUCGCUCUCACUGGCCACCAACUCACAGCUCAAGAUCUAGUCUGGUCUGGCCUCUGCAAGUAUUGGGUGUCUCCUGAGGCACUUCCAUUUAUGGAGGCAACAGCAGAGGUGAGAACAACAGCAGCAGCACUAGUAGCAGCAGCAGCAGCAGCAGAAGUAACAGCAGCAGUAGUAGUAGUAGUAGUAGUAGUUGCAGCAGCAGCAGAAGAAGUAGCAGCAGCAGAAGUAGCAGCAGCAGCAAGAGCUUCUGAUGAAUAUUCACUCGAUGCUUGGGAGGAGGUCAUCGACGAACACUUCCACCACUCCACUCUGGAAGAGGUGCUGCAUGCACUCGAUUUAACAGCUUCUUUCUCUCCUCCUCCUCGUCUUCAUCGCUGUCUCCUCUCAAAGCAGCGAUUGGCGUCAUGGGCAGCAGCUGUUGCUUCACGCAUUCGAAAGAGGUCUCCUUUGGCCCUUAAGCUCACGCUGGAGUUGCUGCAGCGACAAAAGAGGCUGCAGCAGGAGAUACUCGACGAUGCAGGCAUAACACCCUACGAGUGGCGCGAGAUAAAGCGUUUAGAGUGCGUGCUGCCCAGCACCGUGGAAGAUGACAGCAAAAGACAAAUUUUAGAGGCCGUCGAUGAGGAGCUGCUGCUGCAUGCACUGGAAAAUGAAAUGAGGGUUGCUAUUCGCUUAAUUUGUCCUGCAGAUGUUCCUCUUGAUGAUUUCUUUGCUCCUCUGCCUCCGCCUCUACCCCCUUCUGAACAUAAAAAUGAGAAGAGUUUUGGGGCUGCAUGCGAUGUAAAGAUAUAUAGAGACCCUUAUAAUAUCUUUACAAACAGCGAGUUUGCUCCAGAUGAACGUCCUCUCUUUCCUUUCUCUUCACACCCCUUAAUAGGAAGACUGAGCCCUGGAGGAGCAACCGCUGGGCUAAGUGAGAGGCAGCAAAUGCGUCUUAGUGUUCGUUGGAGUUGGGAUAUGUUUAAAGAGUUGCAGAAGAAAGAAGGGUUUAACCAGUAA